AAAAUAUCAUCAACACGAUCUGGGUCUGGGUCUGCAUCCCUUCUUUAUUACGCGUUGAGUUUUCAACACUUUCUCUCUCUAGAAAUUCAACACAAAUCUUUAAUAACCCCCCUUUUAAAGAUUCAAUUUUUAACAAUUUUUAUCAAUUUUAAACACACCCCCAACUGGGUUCUCAUCUCUCAAUCAAGAAAGGAAUCAAUCAAACCUACCAAUUGAUUAUUUUAAUAAAAUCUUUGGUGGGUUUUUAUAUAAUUGGGUUUUUUCGUUUCAAGAAAGUGAGAGAACAGAAGAACUCCCUACACAAGUUUAGAGAGAGAAAGUUUUAUAAUUUCUUGAUGGGUUUUUCCCAAAGAUUUGCCCUGUGAAGUGUGUGUGUGUAAAUUGGUGCAAGAUUCAAUGGAUACCAAAGGGCGGCUUGUAGCAGGUUCACAUAACAGGAAUGAGUUUGUUUUAAUCAAUGCUGAUGAAGUUGGAAGAGUGACAUCUGUAAAAGAAUUAAGUGGGCAGAUAUGCCAGAUUUGUGGUGAUGAAAUCGAAAUAACGGUUGAUGGUGAGCCAUUUGUUGCUUGCAAUGAAUGUGCUUUUCCAAUUUGUAGACCUUGCUAUGAAUACGAAAGAAGAGAGGGUAAUCAAGCUUGCCCUCAAUGCAAAACUCGAUUUAAACGGAUCAAAGGGAGUCCGAGAGUUGACGGUGACGAAGAUGAGGAGGGAUUUGAUGAUCUGGACAAUGAGUUCGAUCUUGCUGAGUCGGUUCUUUCUGCACACCUUAAUAAUGGGCGGGGUCCAUAUGCUUCCGGUUAUGCCGGUUCUGAGGUGGAUGGCGCCACUCUAAAGCCCGAGAUCCCUCUUCUUACUUACGGUCAAGAGGAUGAUGGGAUUUCGGCUGACAAGCAUGCUUUAAUCAUCCCUCCAUUUAUGAAUCGGGCAAAGCGUGUUCAUCCUAUGCCGUUUUCUGACACUGCUUCAUCGGUUUCUUUGCCACCCCGACCCAUGGAUCCUAAGAAAGAUUUGGCGGUUUAUGGGUAUGGAACCGUUGCGUGGAAAGAUAGAAUGGAGGAAUGGAGAAAGAGGCAAAACGAUAAACUACAAAUGGUUAAGCAUCAAGGUGAUGGUGGUCAUAACGAUGGAGAUGUCGAUGAUCCCGAUAUGCCAAAGAUGGAUGAGGGGCGGCAACCACUUUCAAGAAAGUUACCGAUUUCUUCAAGCAAGAUAAGUCCAUACCGAAUGGUGAUAUUGAUUCGUAUGGUGAUUCUCGGUCUCUUUUUCCACUAUAGAAUCCUACACCCUGUUAACGAUGCAUACGCCUUGUGGCUCAUAUCUGUCAUCUGUGAGAUUUGGUUCGCGGUAUCAUGGAUUUUUGACCAGUUCCCAAAAUGGUUCCCAAUUGAACGUGAAACAUACUUAGAUCGAUUGUCACUAAGGUAUGAGAAAGAGGGGAAGCCAUCUGAAUUGGCGCCCGUAGACGUUUUCGUGAGUACGGUGGACCCGAUGAAAGAACCGCCACUAAUUACCGCCAACACAGUGUUAUCCAUCCUGGCAGUGGAUUAUCCGGUAGACAAGGUGGCGUGUUACGUCUCUGAUGAUGGUGCUGCCAUGCUUACAUUUGAAGCUCUCUCGGAAACAUCUGAAUUCGCACGAAAGUGGGUCCCGUUUUGCAAGAAAUUUAACAUAGAACCACGUGCUCCCGAAUGGUAUUUCGCUGAAAAAGUCGAUUAUCUUAAGGAUAAAGUACAUCCCUCGUUUGUCCGGGAACGUCGUGCUAUGAAAAGGGAGUACGAAGAUUUUAAGGUGAGAAUAAACGGGCUCGUGACAAUGGCGCUGAAGGUUCCGGAAGACGGAUGGACAAUGCAAGAUGGUACUCCAUGGCCCGGAAAUGACGUCAGGGAUCAUCCCGGAAUGAUCCAGGUUUUUCUUGGGAACAACGGUGUCCAUGACAUAGAAGGGAAUGAGUUGCCACGUCUUGUUUAUGUUUCUCGUGAAAAGAGGCCCGGAUUUGAUCACCACAAGAAAGCCGGUGCCAUGAAUGCUUUGAUUCGAGUGUCGGCCGUUAUUUCAAAUGCACCUUAUAUGCUCAAUGUUGAUUGUGAUCACUACAUAAACAAUAGUAAAGCGCUAAGAGAAUCUAUGUGUUUCUUGAUGGACCCCACAUCCGGAAAGAAGAUUUGUUACGUUCAAUUUCCUCAAAGGUUCGAUGGGAUCGAUCGUCACGACAGAUACUCAAAUCGCAAUAUUGUGUUCUUCGAUAUUAACAUGAAAGGGCUUGAUGGGAUCCAAGGUCCGAUAUAUGUCGGAACGGGUUGCGUGUUUCGGAGGCAAGCUUUGUAUGGUUACGAUGCCCCGGCUAAGAAAAAAGCACCCGGGAAAACGUGCAAUUGCUUGCCGAAAUGGUUAUUAUGUUGUUGCUCGAAAAGAAAGAAGAAAGCGAAAGGGAAGUCGAAGGAAAAGUCAACGAAGGGCAAGAAGAGCAAAGACCCGCCUACCCAAAUACACGCGUUAGAGAAUAUCGAAGAAGGAAUCGAAGGAAUAGAUAGUGAAAAGUCAUCGCUUAUGCCUCAAAUAAAGUUCGAGAAAAAAUUCGGUCAAUCUCCCGUGUUUAUCGCUUCGACGCUUUUGGAAGAUGGAGGCGUUCCUCCGGGUGCCUCGUCAGCAUCACUAUUGAAAGAAGCCAUUCAUGUGAUAAGUUGCGGUUACGAAGAUAAAACCGAAUGGGGAAAAGAGGUUGGAUGGAUUUACGGUUCGGUCACAGAGGAUAUCUUAACGGGCUUCAAGAUGCAUUGCCACGGCUGGCGAUCGGUGUAUUGCAUUCCAAAGAGGCCCGCAUUCAAGGGUUCGGCUCCUAUUAAUCUUUCGGACCGUCUUCACCAAGUUCUUCGGUGGGCACUUGGGUCGGUUGAAAUCUUGUUUAGCCGACAUUGUCCAAUUUGGUACGGUUAUGGGUGUGGUUUGAAACCGUUGGAAAGGUUUUCGUACAUAAACUCGGUUGUUUAUCCGUUGACAUCCGUUCCAUUGCUUGCUUAUUGUACACUUCCGGCCGUAUGUCUUCUCACCGGGAAGUUUAUUGUUCCCGAGAUAAGCAAUUACGCCAGCAUUCUCUUCAUGCUCAUGUUUUUAUCGAUCGCGGUUACAAGUAUUUUAGAAAUUCAAUGGGGCGGUGUCGGGAUAGACGAUCUAUGGAGAAACGAGCAGUUUUGGGUGAUCGGUGGCGUUUCGUCUCAUCUUUUCGCACUGUUUCAAGGUCUUCUAAAAGUCAUAGCCGGAGUCAACACAAAUUUUACCGUUACCUCAAAAGCGGGUGACGACGGUGAAUUUUCGGAGCUAUAUAUGUUCAAAUGGACCACCCUGUUAAUUCCGCCGUUGACCCUUUUAAUCAUCAACAUAAUCGGUGUGAUAGUGGGCAUAUCCGAUGCGAUUAGCAACGGGUACGAGUCGUGGGGCCCGCUUUUCGGUAGGUUGUUCUUUGCCAUAUGGGUGAUUUUACAUCUUUACCCUUUCCUUAAAGGUAUGAUGGGGAAACAAAGCGGCGUUCCCACGAUUCUUAUCGUGUGGUCUAUCUUGCUGGCUUCGAUUUUCUCGCUUUUAUGGGUUCGGGUCAACCCGUUCUUGGAUAGAGGGGGGAUCGUGUUAGAAGUUUGCGGGUUGGAUUGUGACUGAAGAUACGAAAACCGAAGAAUAGACACAAAACAGAGGAUGAAAGUGAGAUAUGAUCAGUGAAUGUGUGUAGAUAAAAAGGGUUGGGACCUGAGGAUUGAUUUUGGAAAGUCUUUUUUUUUUUUUUUGUUUUAAUAUUUGAUUAUUGAUUCUUUUCAGUUUGGGUAAUUUUUGUGGGUUGUGGGGGGAUAGACUUCAAGAAUGAUGAAUCUGUCUGUAAUCCCAGGAAGAACAUAAAAGUUUAGUUAUUUUGAUAUAAUUUAAUGUUUUCUUUCUGAAUAAGAGACUUGUAUGUUGUAUGUU